AUGUACAGAAGCUGCCUUUUGGAAAAAGAAGCAGGCAUGGACCUGGGCACUCUUAGGAGCCCCGCGGGAGGAGAAACCGCCAGGACUGGCAGCACUGGGAGUGGUGGGAGUUCCCUGCCAGCUUCCAACUUCACAGCAGCCCCUGCCUAUGCGCACUACAUGGGGUAUCCCCAUAUGCCCAACAUGGAUCCUCACGGGCCGUCGCUGGGGGUCUGGGGUUCACCCUGUAGUCCCCCUCGAGAAGACUGGAAUGUGUACCCAGGGCCAUCCAGUACAAUAGGCACGAUGCCCAUGAACAACUUUACCUCGAGCCCUUCCUCUUUUGGCUCUCAGGAAUACAGCAGUUUGGGCCCUGCCGGCAGGGGGAGCAGCAGAGGCAGCCUGGUAGCCCCAGCCAGCGAGUCACUGUCCCCCAUAAACGCCGACGCUGUGGAUGCCAGUUCUCCCAACAGAAGUCGCCACAGCCCUUAUGCAUGGAUGCGCAAGUCAGUGCAGGUGCCGGGGAAAACCAGGACAAAAGAAAAGUAUCGUAUGGUUUACACACAACAUCAAAGACUGGAGCUAGAGAAGGAAUUCCACUGCAGUAGAUACAUCACCAUUCGGAGAAAAUCAGAAUUGGCAGUCAACCUCGGCCUUUCUGAAAGACAGGUGAAAAUCUGGUUUCAGAAUCGCAGAGCCAGAAAGAUGAUCAAAAAGAAAAUCUCCCAGUUUGAGAACAGUGGAGGGUCAGUACAAAGUGAUUCUGGCUCCAUCAGCCCUGGGGAACUACCUAACACUUUAUUCCACACCUCAUCUGCUGUUCGUAGAUUUCAGCCUCUUGAGAUACAGCAGAUUGUAGUCUCUGAAUGA